CAACUUUCCUUUUUUGGAUGUCCCAUUAACUUUGAAAUCCUCCUUUUUAAGUAAAGAAUUUGUGGUUUCAUUUAAUUUUCUUUUCUUUGCACAAACUUCAACUACACAGUUUUUACUUUAUUAAUCCCUGUGCCGGUCAAACUUAGCGAAGUUAUUAGGGAUGGAGAGUAUAUCAAAAUAUGUUUGGAAAAAGGGUCAAAUAUACCUUCUAGUAUCAUUGGACCGUCAUAAAUUAGUUAGUUUGAUUUAUUUAGAAAUUAUCCAUCAGAUAUAUGUAGCCUCCUUUGAUUGAAAAAACUAUAUGCAGUACUCCCUCCGUCCCAAUUUGAUUUGCAAAAUUUCCUAUUUUGGUUGUCCCAAAAUGGUUUUACACUUUCUAUUUUAGGUAUGUAAAUAAGAAUAAAGUGACAAAUUUACCCUUACUUUUACUUUUUCUUCAUUAACUUAAAUGAAUCUACUUUUAGAAAGAUGGACAAAAGUGUAAAAAACAAGCAUAAUUUAUUGUCAUUUCUUAAUCCUUGUGCCGGUCAAAGUUUGAAUUGCAAACUUGUCAUAUUUUAGAGAAGAAAAAAAAACUUAUCAUAUUCUUUGGUAUCUUCUUUGUUCAUCGUAUAUACACUAUAAACAUAUAUUGAAGCUUCUAUUACCAAAAAAUCUCAAACUAAAUUCUAUAUUUGAGAUUAUUAACAACUCAAUGGAUGUAUUACCCAAACAUAUGUAAGAAAUAUUAAAUAGUUACAUAUUAUUGAUAGAAUAACUAAGUAUAUGUCAUGGACUCAUGGUUGUAUAACUUUGAUUAACAAUGAUAGAUCAUGUUUAUCUAUGUUUUCAUUCAAAAAUUUAGGGUUUUCUCUCUAGGGCUUUGACUAUGUCGGUCGCUGGAGCCUUUUUCCGAUUUUGACUUUGUCGAAGAUCGGCUUUCUUAUCCCUUGGUCGCUGGUGCUCGACUGGAGUCCAGGUCAGACGUGGAGGGCGGAGAUCGGUGGAGGAGGGCAGAUUUGCUGUCAUGGCUCGAGGAGAUCGGCGUUGUGGUCAGGGUUCGAGGAUGCGGCGUUGAUGUCGUUAUUGGAGAAGAUCGACGUCCCCUAUCCGUUUACUCUGGUCGCACGGAGCAGGGAUGAGUUUGGUUAUGCAGGGAUGGAGGAUUGGUGCAUGGUCUUUGGCAGCCAAAGGUCAUGGAGGAUCAAUUAGCAUGGUACCAGUGGUACGACCUCCUCCCGAACCACCACCAUGGGAUGUACGAGUUGCUAGAGUUCGUGAACGUUUUUCUUGUAGUUUUUAUUUGUUUGUUAUUUGUUCUCUUGCGUCCAUUUUUGUUGUUGGAUUUGACAGUUUGUUUGAGUUUUUUGCCUCUUUAUGUCAUUGGGUAUGGUUGGAUCUAUGAGAAUAGUUUUUACUGUGUCAAGCCUACUACAUGGUUAGCGUUUCGUGUUGCUCUCUCAGAGGUGACCGUCACAAAGUCUCACCAUAGGGUUACAAUCGUAGUUGUUGGAGUUUCAGUUGGUGUCUGUUUUAUUUUCCUUUUGCUUGAUGUAAUGAUCAGGAAUCUUUUGAUAUGAAUAGAGGCAUGUUUUGAUGAUAAAAAAAUGAUAGAUCAUGUUUCUUUCAAAAAAAAAUAAACAAUGAUAGAUCAUGUUCUAUGAAGUAAUUCUUGAUUUAACUUAAGUUUUAUUACAAAACAUAAUUUAAUUUUAAUUUUUUUUUUUAGAAAUACAUCCUAGGAGUAGAAUAAUAUCGUAUGCAUCGCACAAGUAGCUAGUAAAUAAUAAAGGCUAAAGAGUCAAAUAGGCCCCUGAACGUAUACGAAUUGCUCAAUUGGCACCCCAAACCCAAAAAAGCUCCGAUCCAACCCACCAACCAAAUUAAAUACUUCAAUCCCCCCAUCCAACCGGUUACCUCCCGGUUGUCCCCCUUUCAACCAGAAACUGGAAGGUCGGGACAUACCUCCCCAAAAACUCCAAGCUACCAUUAAUGGCGGAAAUCAGAGAGCUCUCAGCCGGCAGGUACCUCAAGUUGCGUCGGCAGAGCGGUGGGGGUUCCCACGACAUCGGACCAGAUGGAUGAGUGGUCAGUGGUUGGCCGCUGAUGACGAACAGCGGUGUGGCGGCUCUGCCGGCGGCUGGAGGAGCCAACGACGAGCCACGAGCAUCACUACGGCCGGCGGCGUUUCUCCGGAAAUGGAGCGGCGAGACCUGGGGCGCUUCAGAGAGCACCAAUUGGUGCAAGUGGCCUUACCGAAGGGUUCACGGCGAUGCGAACGACGACGACUCCAGCGACCCUUGAUGAUAACCCUUGGUGCGCAGUACUGUUCACAGGCGUAAGGGGGACAACCGGG